CUGCACAUCGGCCAGCCCCUCCCCCAUACAUCAGCGCCAUGCCCAACAGCUACCCGAUGGAUGCUCCAGCCCCGCAUCAGGAGCUGUCGGAAUCCGAGCAGGAUGAAGCCCUCAUGAUGCUCCUGCAAUCGCUCUUCAAAGUCGCGGCCCAGGGAUCAGUAGGGCGGAUCCCGUUCGCCCGGGCCCUGCUCGCCAAGAUCAAGGACGAGCGGACGAGGCCGAUCGAGGAGCCGUGCAUGUUAGUCGACGAGGUCGAGGUUGUGGCCGCCCUCAAGUCUGAAGAUGCAUUCGAUUCCAAUACUCCCCAGCGCCUCUCCUCUGCCAGCGCAGAGGGCUUCAAGAGCGCCAUCCUGAGCAAGGGACGAAGCUUCAGCUCCGGUACCGGAACCCGGCCAGGUGCCGAGUCGGACGAGCUCUUCAUCGACAUUCCAACCACGCCACUCAAGGCCAAGCAGUCCGCAGCUCUGCCUGAGGUGCUCUCAAUGGACGUCCCUGUCGACUAUUCGGACACGAUUCGGUCGCCGAUCCGCCACAAACCCAAGAGCGACAAGCCGACCUCGAAAACGCUGCUGGAGCGCAUAUCGCAGAGCAAGCCGAUCGACGUCGAUGCCAUCGGUCGAAGGGACAAGCUGACAGGGCCGGCAGAGCAAGACCACUCACAGCCAUUCGCUGGUGGGAGCUCGUCCUCCCGCAUAGUCCACAUCCAAGAUGCCAUCGCUCAGUCAAGUGAGCGUCUUGUUUCAGGCGUGCGGGAAGCCGCUGAGCGGCAUCGGAAUGGACUGCCGGCACAAAACUCGACAACCGGCGAACCUGCGAGCGCUGCAGGAGAUCCGUCGGGCCAUCUCCGUCAACUGCAGACAAGCUCGGCCCGAGAUACAACCCCGCCUCGAAAACGAAAGCUGUCCAACUCUGCCGAGGCUCAGCAUCGAUCGAAACGUCCCUCGCCGAUGGAUCCACCGCACAGACCCACCAGCAGCCGAGAUGCCGAGAUUGGCAGCAUGAUGGGAUCGAAACAGAGCGCCGGGCCAGCCUCCGGGCCGCCGAGCCUGGCAGCCAAGCCCUUAACAGAGCCCAUGGGCACCAAGACAUACACCCUCGAGGAGAUCCAGACCGAGGCCGAGCAGAUCCAAAAGCUGAGAGAAAAGGUCAUCAGUGAAAGUAACCAGAGGCUCAGAGGCACUCUCGAAUCGCUGAAAUGGAUGAACCCAAUGACCAAGGCCGACGCCAUGGCAUCUCUGACAGGCAAAUCGCGCGAGCUCGCUUCACAGCCGUCAUCGCUGGAGAGCUGCUCGAUUCAGGAAGCCUCGCGGGCUUCUGCCAAGGAAAGCAUGGCGUCUGUGGCCCAGGCGGCCUCGUUGGCUCGCAUGUCGAGCGAGCUUUCGGUCACCUCGACGGAAGACAGCUUCAUAACAGCUUCUGUGAUCCCGUCACAAGAUACGCAGUCUGCCCAUCCCACAGAGCGGUAUGUGCCAGCCCCGAACGUGGUGGUGCUGGAUGUGCCCGAGCCCGAUCUGGACGGUCUUGCGGCCGACCCAGAGGAUCCAGAGGAUCCAGAGGACCAAAAGGAUCAUAAUGAACACGACGAACACGAACACGAUGAACACGAUGAACACGCCGAAGCCGCCGCCCAACAUUCCGAUGAGCGGUCAUCCUCCCCCGAGAUUCUGAUCAAUUCGGGGCCCAUCGAAUCCACAUACUCGCUGUUCAAGUCGGUGGUCUCGGGUGGCAUCAUCUCCAAUCUCUCGACCGGGAGCAGCUUCUUGAACAACAUCAUGGGCAAGGGCCAGGCCAAGGAUCGAGGCAAGCCCGUGAUUCCGGCUCUCGAGGCUGGCAAGAAUCGGGCCAUCAAGGCCCAGCAGCUCGAGGAGCAGCGCAAGCUCAAGAAAGUGCAAUCGGAUGAGCGGAGGGCACAGCGCGAAGAAGAGCGGAAGAAACUGGAGGCUGUCAAGAAACGACAGGAGCUGCUUCAAAAGCAGGAAGCAGAGCGAAAGACAAGGCCGCUGAAAGCUAUUGAGAACAGCAAGGCGGUAUUGGAGGUCCAAGAAGCAGCCAUGGCGGGCGGCCUGCCGAGCAAACCCGACAAGCCGAAGAAGUCACAGCUGAUGCCCAAGCCGAUGCCGAUACCGACCUAUGAUCUUGAUCCGCAUGACGGGUCUGAUGACGACCACGCCCACGGCCAGGACCACGGUCGACGACCGCCACCGCCUGCCACGCUCGAACUGCAGCCUCAUCAACCUCACGCCAGCACGUCGGCGCCGAUUCACACGAGCUCCGUGUCGUCCAAACCAGCUCCAGUGCUGCCCGACAAACCGUCCCAUAUCAAGCGGUUAGAGGAGCUCAAAGGCGGCGACUCGUGGAAGCAUCCAGAGACCCCGCACAGCCCCUACAAGCCUCUCUUUGUCGGCGGCUCCACCAAAGUCACUGCAAACACGCUGCUGCCUCUUCCGAAGCAGCCAAAGUCCUUCUUCUCGCCGGCACCACCGCCGCUUCAGGCAUACGGAUCCCAUCCUGCACCGAUCAAGAAUCCGUUAUUGGAUGAGCUCUUUGCGUCCUCGUCAAGCGGGCCCUCGUCCUCGGGAAUGCAUCGAAUCAUGGCGACCACAACGACCGGCAGCACCAAGCUUUCCCAUCUGGACGCCAAGCUGACAGGCGAGCUCAACAGUACACUGGCGAUGGCGGCCAAAAUGAUCGGAUCGGAUGGAGCCACCAAGCCGUCAAAAGGAGGCAAAGAGGUGACGACCAUCAUCGACUCCAACGGCGAUCUGCCCGAGCCGGACAGCGACAACGACCCGACGACGCCGCAAAAGAAGAAGCUCAAUAUCCCGGCAUGGGCAGAGACCCCGGAGCUGAAGCGUGCCCUCCACAGCCAGCAACGGCGAGACCCAGAGAGCAUCUUUGGAAUGGUGAAUCCCGACGGCCUCAAAGACAUGUUCAACAGCCUCGGCAUCCCAUCAAAGGCAUACCGUGCGCGCGCCAACUCUGCCUGGCGUGGAGAUGACGUCCUGACGACCGAGGAGAAUGAACGGUACAAGCAGAGUCGCGGAUACGAAUGAAUGAACUGGAUCUAUACACAAUACACUGCAAACACGGCUGUCUUGACCGGAGCACAGUGCAUCGUUGGCUGUGGGGGCCUGUGGUUGUUGUGCAAAAGCGGAUCGAUGUCUAUAGCACUGGGCCAAACGCGCUAGGCGGAAGGGUCCUCCGAUUUGCUCGUACCAUAGAGCUGAGUUGUGCGCGAAGGCAUAUUCCAGCUUUCCCAAAGCGAAACCGAACACCCUGCUUUGAGCCAGGGCUAUCGCUGUGUUCUGGGUCCUGAAUACACACCCGCCAAGCGAC